ACGCGCCCCAUUUCUCUGUGGAUUUGCAGCAGAAGAGCUAAGAGGAGCUCCCCGUCGACCGCCGUAAACCAUGAAGCACAACAACGUUAUUCCCAACGGGCACUUCAAGAAACAUUGGCAAAACUAUGUGAAGACAUGGUUUAAUCAGCCUGCACGCAAGGCCAGGAGAAGAAAUGCAAGACAGCAGAAGGCAAUCAAGAUAUUUCCAAGGCCCACCGCUGGUCCACUUCGUCCAGUUGUUCGUGGCCAGACUCUAAAGUACAACAUGAAGGUCAGAGCUGGUAGGGGAUUUUCUCUGGAGGAGCUGAAGGCUGCAGGCAUCCCGAAGAAACUUGCACCAACUGUUGGUAUUUCAGUCGAUCACAGGCGUCGCAACAGUUCCUUGGAAGGGUUCCAGACCAAUGUCCAGAGGCUGAAAACAUUCAAGGCCAAGCUCGUUGUCUUCCCAAGACGCGCUCGCAAGACCAAGGCUGGUGACUCUUCACCUGAGGAGUUGGCAACCGCCACCCAAGUGACGGGACCAUUCUUGCCGAUUGUAAGUGAGAAGCCAUCGGUUGAGCUUGUGAAGAUCACAGGAGACAUGAAGUCAUUCAGGGCAUACGACAAGCUGCGUCUGGAGCGAACUAAUGCACGCCAUGUCGGUGUUAGAGCCAAGAGGGCAGCAGAGGCUGAGAAGGAAGAGAAGAAGUAGGUGAAAAAGGAAGUUUGUGUGAUUUUCUGAUUCUACAAGCUGUUUAAUCUGUUUUUGUUUUGGGGCUGGACCAGCUUUCUUGAUUUUGUUCGAAAUUUUUCUAGUGUUAUCUUCUCUUUGUAUGAAUUAUUUAAGACAGCAAAUCUUAUCAAAGUUUCAACUUUCAAUA